AUGGUGUGUUAUAUUACCCUCGGUAAGCGAAGACGACGUCACAAAAGAGCUCAUAAAGUACGUGGUCCUCAAACUUUGAAAGAACAACCUCUUGACCAUGUGGAAGACCAGUUAAAUGGUCUACAUGAAUAUACCUUAGUAAAGGAACGCAAACCUCGUUCUACGCCUAUAAAAAGGAGGAAAAAACAGGGCGUUCGUCGCCGUGCUGGUCGUCGUGGUGUACGUCGCCGUAUGAUUAUUGAUAUUCAUUUAGAAGUGUUGGACGAAUGUCAAAAAGGGCAUUUGCAUUAUACGAAGGAAGACUUUUUUGAAAUUUUGGUUCAACAAUUUAUGAAAUCGGAGUUUAUGAAAGAGGAAAAUGUUCCUAAGGAAGAAGUUCAUCGGGGAAGUGUUCCUAAGGAAGAGGUUCAAUGUUCAGAUUCCGGGAAUGAGUUCCUAGGGAAGAUGUUCCUAAGGAAGAAGUUCCUAAGUAAGAGGUUCCAAGUUCAGAUUUCGGGUUUAGGGAAGGAAGACUUUAUUCUUACAGAAGAUAUUCCUGAGGAAGGUGUUCCUAAGGAACAGAUUCCAAGUUCAUAUUCCGGGAUUAGGGUGUAA